AUGGGGUUUAACGACUUCGAGCUCGAGGAGUGGUACGAUCAGGUGACAGUCUACGACGGCUCCAUAAGCUCGGAGAACGUGUUGGGUCAGUUCUGGGGCAGCGCGAUACCGGACAUUCCGCUGAGCACGGGAAACCGCAUGACGGUCACCUUCAAGAGCGACGCGGGAGAACACAGACGAGGAUUCCACGCGUCCUGGACGACGCGACAAACUUGCUAUGACAACAAGCUAGAGGCCACGGACAAGGAGCAGCCGAUCACCUCUCCCAACUAUCCCAACAACUACGCGAACAACGCUGAUUGUAUCUGGAUCAUCACUGCCGAGAGCGCAGACGGACCCAAUCCACAACUCAUCACGAUACAGUUCAAGUUCUUCGACUUCAACUCGGAGAAGAACGACUACAUUCAGCUGCUAGAUGGCGCCACUGCCAACUCGCAGCUAAUCGGAACUUUUGACGGCACGACGGUGGCGCCCACUAUCGUCAUGACGACGGGAAGCUACGUCUACAUACGCUUCAAGACGGACGAGUCGGGAACCGCUCUCGGUUUCUCGCUCACCUAUAAGCAAGGCUGUGACGUCACGCUCACGAGUCCAGCCGUGAGGAUCUACUCGCCCGGCCGCGACCACGCGACGCCCGCGCUCUACCCGAACAGCAUCGUCUGCUCGUGGACGAUCGACGAGAUGAGAGACAAGGCGCUGACGCUGCGGUGGGACGACUUCGAGACGGAGCGAACGUUCGACCCUGUCGAGCGCUCCCGAUCCGACUGCUGCAACCUGCCACCGGUCAUCAAUGGUGGCUACGCCUACGUCAUCGAAUGUACACACGUCGGCUGCAUGGCCUACUACCACUGCAACGUGGGCUACGCACUAGAGGGCGCUACCUCGACGCUGAACAUCACGUGCGUCGCCAGCGGCGAGGUGGGCAUCGGACAGUGGGAGACGCCACCUACCUGCAAACGCGUCAGCUGCCCAGUGCCUCCCGCUCCGGAGAACGGCGGCUACGUCGGCGAAUCGUUCGACUACGGCGACGUCAUCUGGUUCUACUGCGACUCGGGCUAUCACCUGAUGGGCGUCGCUGCGUCCUACUGCAUGGAAGAUGGAUCGUGGGAGAACACCGACCCGUGGGGUUACUGCGUUCGUGUCGCCAUCGUCGCGGCUCGCUCCGCUCACGCGGCGCCCUCUAUAUCUCGUUACAGCUGCGAACAUCUGCGACACGGAUGA